GUGAUGAUCACGGCUAGAUGAUCCUGGUAUACGAUUAUAUGACACGUGGCACACUCCGUGAUCAUCUCGAUGAAACCAAGAAUCUGCCAUUAUCAUGGAAACGGCGGUUGAAGAUCUGUCUGGGGGCGGCGCGUGGGUUGCAUUAUCUUCAUAGAGAGGCGAAGCACGUUAUCAUUCAUCGUGAUGUGAAAUCAUCGAAUAUAUUAUUGGACGAAAAUUACGUAGCAAAGGUGUCAGAUUUUGGUUUGUCGAAACUGGGUCCAACAAGCACAUCUGAGACCCAUGUCAGCACCAUGGUGAAGGGUGCUGUGCGGCAAGCCAUCGGUCUUCGAGAGGCUUUCAGGGGAGAAAGCCAGAUUGCUCCGAUGGCCUUGCAAAAGUUCGGUGAGGUCGCGGAGAAUUGUGUUCGUGAACGUGGAGAUGAACGGACGACAAUGAGGGAUAUCGUGUGGGCAUUGGAGUUUACAUUGCAACUUCAGGAAACCGUAGAAGAAAACACGAACGAUAGUGAUUCUAUUAUCACCGAUGAGUGUUCAAGCGAAAACAUGGUGAAAUCUCAAUCCACAUCAUUCGACGGUUAAUAGUUAAUUAGGAAAUUAAGAAACAGUAUUUCAUAAUAGUUACUAGUACAAUUUCUACUCAAUUAAUAGUAGAUUAAGAAAUAUCUAUUAGUAGAUGAUUUGUUAAAUUUAACCGAAUGUGUGAUUAGUUGUGUAAGUGAGAGUGUAUAAAACUAUUGCUUGUUG